AUGCUCAGGGCAAAAUCUCUUUCUUUGAGGUCUUUUUGUUCGAAGGCUGUGAGUAGUACUGAAAAUCAUCAAGUCUCUAGACUAGCUAACGGACUACGUGUGGCCACCAGCAACGUCCCAGGCCAUUUUUCAGCACUGGGUUUAUACGUGGGAGCCGGUUCGCGUUAUGAAACGUCAAAAACCAAAGGAUGUACACAUAUUAUGGAUCGUUUGGCUUUUAAAUCGACAGAGCAUAUGUCCGGACGUGAGAUGGCAGAGACUUUAGAACUCUUGGGUGGGAAUUACCAAUGUUCUAGUUCACGCGAAACAAUGAUGUAUCAGGCCUCUGUUUUCAAUAACGACGUGGAAAAGAUGUUUGCAUUGAUGGCGGAAACCGUAAGAUUUCCACGCAUCACACCAGAAGAACUUGAGGAACAAAAACUGACCGCACAGUAUGAGAUUGACGAAGUGUGGAGUAAACCCGAAUUGAUCUUGCCUGAACUGUUGCAUGUCACAGCGUUUUCGGGCCAAACUUUAGGAUCCCCUCUUCUUUGCCCUAAAGAGCUCAUUCCAUCGAUCUCGAAUUACUAUUUGAAAGAUUACAGGCAAAAGCUUUAUACACCAGAUAAUAUGGUUGCUGCUUUCGUUGGUGUCCCCCAUGAACAAGCGUUAGCCUACGCUCAGAAACAUUUCGACAGUAUGGAAACUCCGGCUGGCCAUAGUCCUCGUGAAGUGAAAGCAGCAACUUACACCGGAGGGGAAUUGUGCAUUCCUCCUGGGCCCGUCUUUGGUAAUUUACCUGAACUUUGUCAUAUUCAAAUAGGCUUCGAGGGAUUACCCAUAGGACAUCCAGACAUAUAUGCACUGGCCACUUUGCAGACACUUUUGGGAGGUGGAGGCUCCUUUAGCGCCGGUGGACCAGGAAAGGGAAUGUACUCUCGUCUCUACACUCACGUUUUGAACCAGCAUUUCUUCGUUGAAAAUUGUGUUGCAUUCAACCAUUCUUAUUCAGAUUCCGGCGUUUUCGGCAUCUCAGCAUCGUGUGUCCCACAAGCAGCACCAUAUAUGCCUGAGAUUCUUGCACAACAAAUGGCUAACACCUUCUCUACCGGUAAGCUCAGGCUGACAGAAGAAGAGGUUUCCCGAGCGAAAAAUCAGCUCAAGUCCUCUCUGCUUAUGAAUUUGGAGUCGAAGCUCGUUGAGCUCGAAGACUUGGGAAGACAAGUACAACUUCACGACCGGAAAAUUCCUAUACAUGAAAUGAUGUCAAGUAUAGAAAAGUUGACGGUGGAAGAUAUCAGGAGAACGGCGGAAAAUGUUUUCAGUGGCAAGGUCCAAAACAAAGGACAAGGAACCGGUAAGGCAACAAUUGUUAUGCAGGGUGACAGAGAAUCUUUUGGUGAUGUCGAAACCGUUUUGAGAUUUUACGGUUUGGGGAACUAUGAAAAGCUUGAUGUCUCUGCUCUAAAAAAAUCAAAGAAGAGAGGUUGGUUUUGA